CCCCAGAGCUGUGUUUUCCCCGGAAGUACCUUCUCCUCUCUGGAGUCCGCGCGGACGCCGCUUCCUUACCUCAUUUGUCCUCGCCCCUCCCCGUUCCUCUACGUGUUUCGGUUCCUGGUUGGUGCUUCCUGGUCGCAGCCGCGGCAGUGACAUUAAGGCAACUGACUUUCCAUAAUGUUUGGUGGCUAUGAGACCAUAGAAGCAUAUGAAGAUGAUCUUUAUCGUGAAGAUUCAUCUAGUGAACUCAGUGUUGAUAGUGAGGUGGAAUUUCAGCUCUAUAGCCAAGUUCAUUAUGCCCAGAGUACACAUCAUGCCGACACUGAGGAACGGGGUGAGGAGAACUGUGAGAAUUCUGACACAGCGAAUAGUCCACCAAACCAGAAGAACUUAAUCAUCCUUUCAGAUAGUGAGGUCAUCCAGCUAUCAGAUACAUCAGAAGUCAUCACAGUGUCUGAUGAGGAUAGUAUUUAUAGAUGUAAAAGAAAAAAUAGUACAGUCCACGCACAAGAAAAGACCCAAAGUCCUGCUUCUCUUCAUUCCAAUAAAGCGGCUAAGAAAUGCAAGAAGGAUAGUGAGGCGCCUGGCCCCGAGGAGGCAUCAAGUGUGGUCCGAGAGGUCAUGGUCAUAGAGGUCAGUUCAAGUGAGGAGGAAGAAAGUGCCGUUUCAGAGAAUGAAAACGUGGAAAGCUGGAUGCUCCUGGGAUGUGAGGAAGAUGAUAAAGACAGUGACAUCCUUCUCAACCUUGUGGGAUGUGAAAACACCGGUGCUGAAGGAGAAGAUGAUAUAAACUGGUUCAUCAGUGACAAAGACAUCGAGGCCAAGAUAGACAAUAACAGAUCUUUUGGAAGAUGGACCAACCGGUACUAUUCAGUCAACAAAAAUGUCACAUGUAGAAAUUGUGAUAAACGCGGUCACUUGUCAAAAAACUGCCCCUUACCACAGAAGGUCCGGCCCUGCUGCCUCUGCUCGGAGAGAGGACACCUCCAGUAUGGCUGUCCAGCCCGCUUCUGCUUAGACUGCUCCUUGCCCAGGUCUUCUACCCACAGAUGUCUUGAAAGAUCUUCCUGGAGAAAGCGAUGUGACCGAUGUGAUAUGAUAGGCCACUAUGCCGACGCUUGCCCAGAAAUCUGGAGGCAGUAUCACCUAACGACCAAACCUGGACCACCUAAAAAGCCAAAGACCCCUUCCAGACAAUCAGCGUUAGUGUACUGCUACAACUGUGCGCAGAAAGGCCAUUAUGGACAUGAAUGUACAGAAAGACGGAUGUUUAACCAGACGUUUCCAACAUCUCCAUUCAUCUACUACUAUGAUGACAAAUAUGAGAUCCAGCAGAGAGAUAAGAGACUAAAGCGAAAAGUGAAAGAAAUCCAGAAACGUGGAGAUUUUCCAAGGCAGUUUAAAAGACCACAUGUAGCAGAGGCAGAUAAGAGGCACCACCAGGACAUGGGAAACAGCCGUUCCUUGAGGAAAAGCCGUGGGUGGCCUCGAGAAGACAAAGAAACACACAAAGAAGGGGCCAGGGGUAGAGACGGUGGGAAGCGCAGGUGGGCUCACCAGCACCGGGACGUGGAUAAAGACUUCCCAAGGGGCUCACAACCCCACUCCUCUGGCAGUACCAACAACCAAAAGCCUUCCAAGUCCCUUCACCGGUCAUCCCAUUACCACAGGCGGAGAGAAGAGAAGCUUCUCAGAGAGAGUGGGCGGAGUAAGCCGAAGAAAAGGAAAUGCACGGAAGAGGACAGCAAUGAUAACUUAUUUCUUAUCAAGCAAAGGAAGAAAAAACCUAAGCUGUGAGAUGGUUUCUGACCUGGUCUUCUCAUUACAACGUUCUGUCAGGACUUGACUAUCUGUUAAACGAAAGGGGCGUUUGUUUUUAAUUGCUGAAUUUCAGCUAUACCUGUGGUUACUGUACAGAGGCCACAAAAAGCUCAGUUCUUUGUUGCAGGCUAUUGUUAGGUAGAAAGAUAAACUUGGCUUUCAGUCUCAAUAGCAAUUUUGCUUGAGGUAGAAAACUGUCUUUUGGAGAAAGCCUUUUUAAAUGCUUUGAAAACAAUUACAAGCUCAUCAGAUACGACUUGUCUACUGUGUUUGAGGACUUUUUGGAAGAGAAAUUAUUACUAAUAAGAAAAAUCCACCACUUUUUUAGCAUUUUUU